AUGUCCUUCUCUCUCCGCGGUAAACAUGCCAUUGUGGUAGGAGGUACCGGUACGCUGGGCUUCCGUAUUGCUAGCGCACUUGCAGACCGCGGCUCUGUUGUGACCAUCAUGAGUCGCAAUGCCGUUGAUGAUCGCCAAGUCCUUGAGCCCAGACUCAAACCCUUUGAGCCUCUCCCGUACAUGGAGAACAUCGAAGGUAGUAGGCGCCCAACAGGGCACCAAUUCAAACGCCUGGAUGUGCAAAGGGCAGAUAUCUUCAAGGGUAUAUUUCCCACUCUAGGCCCCGUUGAUGUCCUCGUCAACUGUGCUGGGACCAGUCAAACGUCAGCGCUCAAAAGGACCGGCGAAGAGGAAAUUCAACUCAUCCUUAACCUCAACCUCCGGGCGACUAUUCUCGCCUCUAAAUAUGCCAAAUUAACCCCUCAUGGAUGCAUCAUCAAUGUUUCAAGUCUUAUGGCUACCAAAAUGGGUGCUGGUGCUGCAGUAUACGCCGCUUCAAAAGCUGGUGUCGUUGAACUCACUGAGACUGCUCGUGAAUCUUACCUCAAGCAGUGUCCCUUGGGUCGUUUGGGCACGCCCGAUGAGGUAGCCGACGCUGCCAUGUUUUUGAUAACCAACCGUUUCGCCAACAAUUGCGUACUGAACCUGGAUGGUGGCUUAAGCGCUAACUAG